AUCCUGCAAACAAGCAGCAGUCCCGAGGUGGUCCAGCUCUCUCUUGACAUCAGCAGCUUGCUCCUUCCUCCUGUGGCUGCUUUGACUUGUUUUGGAGACUUUUUUUGUUUGUUUUGUUUUGUUUUCGGGGGCGACAUGGCACUGCGGCAACAUUCAGAAAGGGAGCCCAUCAUUGAGUUGUUCGUUAAGGCGGGCCACGACGGCGAGAACGUGGGCAACUGUCCCUUCUGCCAGAGGCUCUUCAUGGUGCUGUGGCUGAAAGGAGUGAAGUUCACCGUGACCACUGUUGACAUGAGGAAGAAGCCCGCGGAGCUGAAGGACCUGGCGCCCGGCACCAACCCGCCUUUCCUGCUCUACAACGGCACCCUCAAAACAGACUUCAUCAAAAUCGAGGAGUUCCUCGAGCAAACGCUGGCCCCUCCCAGGUAUCCUCACCUCAGCCCACUUAACAAAGAGUCCUUUGACGUGGGUGCUGACAUUUUCGCAAAGUUCUCCGCCUUCAUCAAGAACACGCCAAACAACGCCUUUCAGGAGAAAAACCUGCUCCGGGAGUUUAAGCGCCUGGACGAUUACCUGAACUCUCCGCUGCCCGAGGAGGUCGACCACAACUCAAGAGGGCCGGUCGGCGUCUCCGAGAGAAAGUUCCUGGACGGGGACCGCCUAACUUUAGCUGACUGCAACUUGCUCCCCAAACUGCACGUCAUCAGGGUUGCGUCCAAGAAGUACUGCGGCUUCGACAUCCCGGCGCAGCUGACGGGCGUGUGGCGAUACCUGCGCAACGCCUACGAGCGGGAGGAGUUCAAACUGACGUGUCCAGCCGAAAUCGAGAUCGAGAAGGCUUACUUGGGCGUGGCCAAUGCGAGGAAAUAAAACGUUUGUUCGCCAUCUUUAGGGGGUGCUAUGUGGUGCCAAAGAUAUUACAACCACCAGUUACCUUAAGACAGGUACAGCCAAUCUUUUUUUUUUUUUUUUUUUUACUUGUUUGUUGCAGGACUUUUUACGACAGUUCCUCUUUUUUUUUAGGAUUACCCAAACAAGAUUUUCCCACAUGCCACUGGUUUCCUAUAAACAAUUUUU